AUAAUUGAUCACAAAAUUUUUAAUGUGGGAUUUUUACGAUUUUUAGUAAUUUAUAAUCGUUUAAAAAAAAUUAAAAUAUGGGCUAUUAGUAAUUGAGCUAAUUCAUUUUAAAAACAUAGUUGCAUCAAAAGUAAACGGAGCUGUAAACGCAAAGUGAACCGAAACAUAAGCAAAAUGCAUUUCACCUAAAACACUUCAGCUUUAGUUUCGUCGGCAUUCUAUCACAAUGGGAAAUUGUGUGGUUUUUCAAUUUUCUUGUGAUCAAACGGUAAACUGUAUCAUUCGAUGCUUACGCGGUAAAGGUUUUAUUCGAAACCUGGAGGAGAAUCUCAAGGAUCUGCAGAGAGAAAGGGACGAUCUCAAAGCAAUUCAACAACAGGUGAAGAACAGGGUUGCACGAGAGGAGACACAACAUCGACAAAGACUUGAAUCUGUCAAGUUAUGGCUUUCACGUGUCGAGAGCAUCGAUACAAAGAUCAAUAAUGUGGUUACUACUAGUACCACUCAGCUUCAAAAGUUGUGCUUCUGUGGUUUAUGCUCAAAAAAUGUGUGUUUGACGUACAAAUAUGGGAAAAGUGUAUUCUUGUUGUUGGAAGAUGUUAAAAAACUCAAAUCAGAGGCUAAUUUUGAGGAGGUUACUGAGUUGAUUCCAAAACCUGAAGUCGAGGAGAGGCCUACUCGGCGUACGGUUGGUCAGGAGGAAAUGAUCGAGGAGGCAUGGAAGCGACUUAUGGAUGAUAAAGUCGGAAUCAUGGGUUUGCACGGUAUGGGUGGUGUAGGGAAAACUACACUUUUCCAGAGAAUCCACAAUAAGUUCGCUGAAAUAGCUGGAAAGUUUGACAUGGUGAUAUGGGUUGUAGUGUCUCAAGGCGCAAAUAUUUCAAAGCUUCAACAAGAUAUUGCAAGGAAGCUACACCUUUGUGGCAACGAAUGGACAACCAAAAAUGAAAGUGAUAAAGCCGCACAAAUACACACGGUUUUAAAAAGGAAGAGAUUCGUGCUGAUGCUAGAUGAUAUAUGGGUGAAAGUGGAUUUAGAAGCCAUUGGAGUUCCAGAACCGACCAGAGAAAAUGAAUGCAAAGUAGCAUUCACCACCCGUUCUAAGGAAGUAUGUGUGAGGAUGGGGGAUCAUAAACCGAUGCAAGUCAAGUGUUUGAAAGAAGAUCAAGCAUGGGAAUUGUUUAAAGGCAAGAUUGGAAACAAUACAUUAAGAAGAGAGCCCCUCAUUGUCGAGCUCGCUAGAAAGGUUGCUGAAAAAUGUCAUGGUCUGCCGCUAGCGCUAAGUGUCAUUGGCGAGACAAUGGCAUCUAAAUCUACGUUACAAGAAUGGGAGGAUGCAAUCGAUGUGUUGACUAGAUCAGCUUCCGAGUUUUCUGACAUGGAAGAUAAAAUUCUUCCUAUUCUAAAGUACAGCUAUGAUAAAUUGGUGAAUGAACAGAUCAAGUCGGGUUUCCUCUAUUGUGCUCUGUUUCCAGAAGAUGGUCAAAUAAACAUAGAAGGGUUAAUAGAGUACUGGAUAUGCGAAGGAUUCAUGGGGGAGUACCAAGAUUUAAAAAGAGCAACUAAUAAGGGUUAUGGGGUACUUGGUACCCUUAUCCAUGCAAAUUUACUGACAGAAGUUAAUACAACAACUGUUGUAAUGCAUGAUGUGGUCCGUGAAAUGGCUAUAUGGAUUGCAUCCGAUUUGGGGAAAAACAAAGAGAAUUUUGUUGUUCAGGCAAGAGUCGGAUUACAUGAAGUACCAAAAGUUAAGGAUUGGGGAGCUGUGAGAAGAAUGUCUUUCAUGUGUAAUAAGAUUGAAGAGAUGACUUGCCGUUCCAAGUGUUCUGAACUGACAACUCUGCUCCUCCAGAAUAAUAAUAGUUUGAAGAAUCUCUCAGGUGAAAUAAUCCAAUAUAUGCAAAAGUUAAUUGUUUUGGAUCUAUCAGAUAAUUACCAAAUAAGUGGACUUCCAGAGCAGAUAUCGGAGCUGACCUCCUUGCAGUAUCUUGACUUGUCUGAUACAAAUAUAAAGCAACUACCUGUUGGUUUCCAAGAAUUGAAAAAGCUAACUCACCUGAAUUUGACUCGUACAUGGAUGCUUUGUAGUAUCCAUGGGAUAUCAAAGUUGUCGAGUUUAAAAAGUUUGAAACUUCUGAAUUCUAAUGUUCACGGAGAUGAUAAUUUAUUGAAGGAGCUGCAGUUCUUAGAGCAUCUACAACUUCUAACCAUAGACGUGUCUACAGAGCUGGGGUUGGAGCGAAUAUUAGAAGAUCAAAGGUUGGUGAACUGCAUCUAUGAUCUGGAUAUUCAUGGUUUUCAACAAAAGUCAUGUAUUCUAUCGUUGCUUGUGAACAUGGCGAAUCUUCGAGAGGUCAGAGUUACAAGUAUUAAUGUCUCCAAUACGAAUUGCGGAGGUAGUGAGAGAGACUCGUCUGAUUUAUACAGUCUGGAUUUACACCAUUCGACAAGUCCGUGCUUCACCAACCUCUCUGUCGUGUAUAUACGUAACUCCACUAACGUUAAGGAUCUGACUUUGUUAUUGUUUGCUCCAAAUCUUGCCGUCCUACGAAUCGAAAAAUCAGAAGUGGAAGAAAUUAUAAACAAAGAGAAAGCAGCAAAGCUCAUUGGUAUUUCACCCUUUUGGAAACUAGAAGAGUUAUCGUUAAGAAGGUUACCUAAUCUGGUGAGUAUCUACUGGAGACCUCUUCCCUUUCCAUUUUUGAGACGCUUAGAGAAAAUAGACUGUCCAAAGCUGAGAAAGCUUCCCUUAAAUGCCACAAGUGUAUCACGAGUUGAUGAGCUUUCAAUAGUAAUCCGUUCUCAAGAACAAGAAACUGAGCUUGAAUGGGAGGACGAAGAUACCAAAAAUCGUUUCUCGACUUCAAUCAAGGGAGGUAACUAUUUCUCGUAUUCUCUUUCCACUCUAGGUUAGCAUGAAUAAUGCAUCAUUACUAGACUGAUAUGAUCCAUUUGCUUUCAGAAUAUGCUGUGCCUUCAAUUUCAAUCCGUUCCAAUUAAUGUCACUAACUUUGCUUAUGUUUCUGGUAUUAUUUAGCGCUAAAGAUCCAUUAAUACUCUGGAUUGGGAUUCCUCACUGUCUGAUUGAGAAUACACCCUUCUUCUUCUGAUGUUUUCUCUUUCAAUCGCUUGUUAUUUUGUCAUGUGGAGUGUGUUGUAUCAUUAUUGUGUCAUUACUUUUCCUUUACAAACUUAUCUUUGUGGAGUGUGUUGUAUUGUGCACUUGGAUUAUGUCUUUCAUGUUCAUAUUGUAUUAUGUAAGACGGAUUGUGUGAUGGAUCCAUUUUUUCGAGGAUUUUUGAUUUUGGAUUACAAUCAAAAUCAAAAUAUGCGCUUCCAUAUGUUUUUUAUGACACUGAAUAAUUCAUUAUGACCAUUGAAAAGGUUCAUACUCAUACAUCAAAGAUAUAAAAAUUGGACACCAGCAGGUAAGGAUGUUAUAUAAGGUUACCCAGCCCAUUCCAGUCCUAUUUAAUUUAAGCUUAGCCCUAAAUGAACGCUAACCCUCUUAAAACCCAUCAAAUAUGUAAAAUAGGGUUGAACCCGUUUUAAUUAACCCUACUUUAUCCUUUUUUAUGUGAACACAUUUUAUAUAAUAUCUUAUAAAAUAAAAAUCAUAUAUAAUUACAAAUCAAAGAAAAUGGUCUUUAAUUAAAAUAUUUCUUGUUUUUUAAAUCUAAAAU